AUAUGCGCGAAUAGCUGCACACCAACCGACCUUGAAUGUGUCCUCGGAUUUAAUUCUGGCGUGCGAUUGGCCGCAGCCCGGCGGCCGUGUCGCCUUGCUCCACUCUGACUGGCGGAGGGCGCUGUCAGUCGAGCCAUAUCCGCCUUCUGCUCCGUUCGGUUGGAUCUCUCCGCUACCCUUUCUCUCGGCGGUGGGUUGGAGCCGCUGUCCCUGGCCUCGCAUGUUCCCCUCUAAAUUCCUGUUUUGAAUUUGAUGCCCCUCUUGUAGAUUUGCUCCAUUUUUACACGCCUCUGAAGGGCCGUAGUCGGGCGUCCGUAGACCCGUGUCUUAUUUAUCCCAGCAUUUGGCGUUUAGAGACUUUAAGCCGAACAUGGCCGUGGUGAGCGGAUCGUCUGGGCCGGUUGCCCGGCUCGAGGGCCGUGAAUUCGAAUACAUGAUGAAAAAGCGCUCGGUGACCAUCGGCCGGAACUCGUCUCAGGGCUCCGUGGACGUGAGCAUGGGCCACUCCAGCUUCAUCUCGCGGAGGCAUCUGGAGAUAUUCACCGCCAGCGACGACGGCACCGGCAGCGGCGAUUUCUACCUGAGGUGUCUCGGUAAAAACGGGGUGUUUGUAGACGGAGUGUUCCUCAGACGGGGCGCCCCUCCUCUGCAGCUACCGCGAAUGUGCACUUUCAGGUUCCCCAGCACAAACAUCAAGAUCACAUUCACGGCCCUGUCCAGUGGGAAGAAAGUGAAGCGCGAAGCUCCCGAGUCCCCAGUGAAACCAGUACAGCCCCAGAUCUCUCCCCUGACCAUCAACAUUCCAGACAACAUCGCUCACCUAAUGAGCCCCCUGCCAUCGCCUACUGGCACCAUUAGUGCUGCUAACUCGUGCCCCUCCAGCCCGCGGGGCGCGGGCUCUUCGGGCUACAGGAUGGGUGGUCGCAUGGUCAGCUCUGCAGAGCUGCAGCUUAUAAACGACAACUCGCAGCCUGAGAACGACAAAGAGGCCUCCGGAGGGGACAGUCCUAAGGAUGACUCCAAACCUCCGUACUCCUAUGCACAGCUGAUCGUCCAGGCCAUAACACUGGCUCCAGACAAGCAGCUCACACUAAAUGGAAUCUACAAUCACAUCACAAAAAACUACCCUUACUACAGGACUGCGGACAAGGGCUGGCAGAACUCGAUCCGUCACAAUCUGUCUUUGAACCGUUACUUCAUCAAAGUGGCACGGUCGCAGGAAGAACCAGGCAAAGGUUCGUUCUGGAGGAUAGACCCGUCCUCGGAGGGCAAGCUCAUCGAGCAGGCCUUCAGGAAACGAAGGCCCCGGGGAGUCCCCUGCUUCAGGACCCCACACGGACCCCUCUCCUCCAGGAGUGCACCGGCGUCUCCCAAUCACUCGGGGGUGCUCUCCGCUCACUCCAGCGGCGUCCAAACCCCUGACAGCCUAUCACGAGAGGGCUCCCCGGUUCCCCUGGAGCUGGAGACCUCCUCUGCUCCCGCCCCGGCGUCCACCACAGCAGUCCAGCCCAAGCUGGCGGUCAUCCAGGAAGCACGCUUUGCACAAAACACACCAGGCUCGCCUGUGAACAACCAGCCGGUACUCAUAGCAGUCCAGCGUCAGUUACCUCAAACCAUCAAGCCAGUGACCUACACCAUGGCCUCCCCGGUGAGCACCAGCACCUCCCAGCCUGCUGUCCAGACUGUCCACGUCCUGCAGCAGAUCCCGGCGGGGUCCCUCAGCCCCGCCACCGUCAUCGCCCAGCCGGCCACCAUCAUCAACAAGAGCGAGCUGCAGGAGAACGGUGAGCACGCGGAGGUCAAAGUCAAAGUGGAGACAGUUCCCACCAUCGCCUCUAUAGGCGGCUCCAGUCGCAUCAUCCAGAGCUCCCAGUCGGCCACGCCCCUGCAGACUGUUACCAUUGUGCAGCAGGCCCCCCUGGGUCAGCACCAGCUGCCCAUUAAGGCCAUCACGCAGAACGGCACCCACAGCAUCACCACUGCCAUCCAGGGACCCGCCAGCUCAGCUCCAGCUGUGGCCAGCCCCCUCCACCUGCUGGCGGCCCACGCCUCCGCCUCGGCUUCCCUCCCCACCAAACGGCAGAACGGGGACCAGCUGGCCGGCGAACAGCCGGACGCCAAGCGCAUCAAAUCGGAGGACGAGGCGGCCCCGGCCCCUUCGACCCCGGCCGUCUCGGCAGACUCGGACUCGUCGGCAGCUAACGACCAAGGCAGCCACAUCAACUAGUCUGUACAACCACACGCAUCACACAACCCCCCCCUACCACCACCACCACCACCACCACCGCUUUCUCCUCCCUCCACGGUUCCUCCCUCUCUCGUCCCCGUCGUUUUGUUUUGUUACUCCUCCUUCUACCACUGACUCCAGAGGUGCCAAAUGGAGAGGAUUUCUUUUCAUUUUCAGUUUGGGUUAUCUGUUCUAGAGCAUCGAAAGAAAGAAAUAAUGUCCACCCCUUUUUAAAGACCGGAACGUGGGUUGAGAACAAAGUAAAGAAAUGGGACAAAGAUGAACUCAAAGGUGUCCCCCUGUGAGCCGCUGAAACAGGAGAGUGAACUAAACCCAAGACCACAGGAAGCCUUAACAACAAUUAACCCUUAAGAGCUGACCUUUGACCUCACACGGUCCAGCGGGGAGAGGCCCUGACUCAGCUCGGGCUGCACGCCACCUUUCUGUCGCAUCUACCUCAGAGCAGAUAGGAGACUCCGGCAGCCAGCAGACAACAUCCUCCCCGGUCCGUGACCAACCGAGUAACGAGUAUGACGAGCAUUCAAUGGUUAAACUUUUCUCUUUUCUCUUUUUUCUUUUCCUUGUUCUUUUCUUUUUUCUCUUUCUUUUUUUUUUUUUUUUUUUAAGGAAAGUAACAGUCAACGCAUUCAGACAUUCAGAAAGGGAUCAACUCGGAGCCAAUAUUCCUGAAACUCUGGCAGCUAGCCUCUCACAAUACUGACCUUCCUUUAUCGCAGCUGUACGUAGAUAUGCAGUAUUUUGUUGUUCAAAAUGUGGAGCAUAGGAUUUUUUUUUUUUUUUUUUUUUUUAAAUGUAUUUUCACUUAUCUAGAUAAGUAAUAAUUUAAUUAAAGGAAGAGUAUAAAAUGGUGAGGUUGGUGACAUUUCGGUAACUAAGUUUGAAAUCUCACUUUUUUUAUGUGGACUUCCUUUUCUGUUCAGUGAAACAGUGUGAUAGUUUUCGUAACGUUUGUUUCUUUCCCCCCUUGUUCUGACAUAUCCAUAUGAAAUUGCUUCGUUAUACCUACAUAUUUUAAUACUUGCACAGAUAACCAAUAAGCAUAUGAAAUCUCCCAGUGUAGUUCCAGAUGUUGACCUUGCAUGUAUCCGACAGAGAAGUUGUUAACUGUAAAUCGAACGGAUGAAAAAAAAAAAAAAGACCUGCUUUGUCCAAACCAGACCUGCACUUGAUUAAAUGUUUGUGUUUUCAUUUCCCUCUUCCUCCUCCUUUUUUGUUUUGCUCCCACCACCACCCUCCUCCUCCUCCUCCUCCUCCUCUUCCUUGUCUCUCUUGGCUGUGUUGACGUUGUGGUGUUGGCAGACCAGAUCCCCGACCCCUUUUUGCUUGAUUAUUUUACUCUGCUCUGGCAACCUGGCGAGUCUGUUUUCUGAUUGUACACGUUCCAAACAAUAGUAAAAGAAAAAAAAUUUGAUGUUUGUUCUGCUUCAG